GUCUAUGCAAAAAACCGCAAACAAAAUGCAACACAACAUUAUUUGAUGUUUAUUUUUUGAAAAUUAACCUAAAAUUUAGAUACAAAAUCUUUUGUGAAUGACGGUAUCAAAUAGAAAAUUCUGAAGUUUUUGUAAGCGCAUCUGGCAUGGCGGGAAGAAGUGGCAGCGCGCCCCAUUUGGAAACAUCAACUAAGAGUGUAGUACUCGCCUGGUUCGCUGGCCUGCUCAAAGGCUUGGUGGUCGCAUUCUGUCUCGCGGCCUCCGUUUGGAUUUACAAGCGCUGGGGUGACGAGAUACGCCACCACAUACUGCAACCAGUGAACAGGUGGUUGAGCCCGGCCGCCCAAGAGGACGAGGAGGAGUCAGAGGCGCCGCUGAAGGUGUCAGAGGAGGAGCCGGAGGCGCCGCCCCGCACCAGGUCGUCCCGGGUCGACGCGGCGGCGGGCGAGCAGGUCGAGGGCGAAGGCGAGGGCGAGCUGGUGAUGACGGCCUCGAAGGCGCUGCGGGCGCUGUCGGUGGCGCGAGACGGCAACUCGCUGUUCGCGGCGCUGGCGCACCAGCUGCUGGGGCACCAGCCAGGCUCACCCGCCCACCGGGAGGACACCGCGGACCUGCGCGCCAUGGCGUGCCGCCAGAUGCAGGCGCGCCAGGACACCUACUGGGACCUGCUGGCCACGGCAGCGGCGGCCCAGGGAGACCUGGUGGCCGACCAGCGCGGCGUCGAGGAGUUCCUCUCCAGGCUGAGGAGACCGGGCUUCCCCGGCGGAGAGGAGUCGGUGCGCGCGGUGGCGGACGCCGAUGGAGCCCACGUGACCGUAUACGAGGAGCACGGCGGCGCCAAGGAGGUGUCCAGCGACCAGCCCGGCUUCCAGCGCACCUUGCAGGUGGUGCAGCGCCUGCAGGAGGAGCUGGCGGGUCACCCCGCGCGCCACUAUGACUCCGUGCUGGAGGUCCAGCCUCUGGGAGCCAUUAUCCCCCAAUAAACACUUGUUAAACUGCUCU